AUGAAUGAGGCAACUGCUAUCGUGCCGAUACAGGAGAACUCGGACUUUACACUUUAUAACCUUCCGUUCGGUGUUUUUCGAAAGAAAGGGGAAGCUUCACGUGAAGCGCGAGUUGCUGUCGCCGUCGGACGAAAUGUGCUCGAUCUAUGUGCGCUUGCUGAGACGGACCUCUUCGAGGCUUGCAGUCCGGACACGCCGUUACGUGGCGCUGCGGCAGACGUUUUCGGACAGGAAUCGUUGAAUCGAUUUAUAAAACUUGGAGAGCAAUGUUGUUCGGAGACCAGACGUCUCGUUCAGCGCGCACUCUCAAGGGACAGCGGUCUCUGUCCGCAGCUGGAGCGAGCGUUGGAGAACUCGCGCGCAGACGCUUUUCUCACCGCUCAAGACGUAGUAGACGUGCUACUGCCUGUAGAGAUUGGUGAUUACACGGAUUUUUACGCGUCGAAAGAGCAUGCAUCCCACCUAGGCCAGAUGAUGCGCGGUCCUGGACAUGAACUGACCCCGAAUUAUGUGCACUUACCGAUUGGGUAUCAUGGACGAGCCUCUUCUGUAGUGGUUUCAGGAACGCCGAUCACUCGGCCUUGUGGGCAAAUCAAACCUGAGGGGUCGGAUUGUCCUGUGUUUAAGCCAACGGAACGCCUCGACUUCGAACUAGAGCUUGGCGCUAUCAUCGGAAGGGAUAGCAUAUUGGGCGAACGAAUUCCCGUAGAGCAUAGUCGACAGUACAUCUUUGGAUACGUGCUCGUUAAUGAUUGGAGUGCUCGCGAUAUUCAACGCUGGGAGUAUCAGCCUCUUGGCCCGUUCAACUCGAAGAAUUUUGCAACGACGAUUUCACCCUGGGUCGUGACACGCGAGGCUCUGGAGCCAUACCGCGUAGCGGCACCGCAUCAGGAUCCUCCUGUUUUGCAGUAUCUGAAUGAAGAUGCGGGCCGAACGAACCUGGAUCUGAAUCUUAGCGUGAUGCUGAAUGGUAUCACCAUUAGCCAGUGCAAUUUUCGGGGCAUGUACUGGACCUUCGAACAAAUGGUCGCGCACCACACCUCCACUGGCUGCAACUUGCGCUGCGGAGAUCUCCUGGCGAGCGGCACAGUUUCUGGUGCAGAACCGAACACCUACGGCUCAAUGAUAGAACUGACCUGGGGUGGCAGACAUCCGCUGAAACUGCCAAACGGAAAACAACGCACGUUCCUCGAAGACGGCGAUGAAGUUGAGCUGCAUGGGUAUGCGGGAGCGGGCUCCCGCCGCGUCGGAUUCGGACGCUGUCACGGAUGCAUCCUACCUGCCGUCGUGUGA